AUGGUUUUGACGACAGUUGCAGACUCGGGAGAUUCUGUGAACUGCACUUUUGGUUCCAGAUAUCUCCGCUCUCCUCCUCCCAAGUUCAAACUGGGGGAGAAAUCUAUACCCAAGGAUGCAGCGUACCAGAUCAUACACGAUGAGUUGAUGCUGGACGGGGCACCGAGGCUGAACUUGGCCUCUUUCGUUACCACGUGGAUGGAGCCAGAGUGCGAUCACCUUAUUUCCGCUUCUCUGAACAAGAACUAUGUUGACAUGGACGAGUACCCAGUCACCACUGAGCUACAGAAUCGAUGUGUGAAUAUGAUAGCCCACCUGUUCCAUGCCCCCGUCGGAGAAGAAGAAGCUGCAGUUGGUGUGGGGACUGUGGGAUCAUCAGAGGCUAUAAUGCUGGCCGGCCUUGCUUUUAAGAGGAAAUGGCAGAACAAAAGAAAAUCUCAAGGCAAACCCUAUCAUAACCCAAACAUAGUCACUGGAGCUAAUGUGCAGGUGUGCUGGGAGAAGUUUGCAAGGUACUUUGAGGUCGAGCUAAAGGAGGUGAAGCUUUCUGAAGGAUUCUAUGUCAUGGAUCCAGUGAAGGCUGUCGAACUCGUUGAUGAAAAUACCAUCUGUGUUGCAGCAAUUUUGGGUUCCACUCUGACUGGAGAGUUUGAGGAUGUAAAACUCCUCAACGACCUCCUCUCUAAGAAGAAUAAGGAAACAGGUUGGGACACCCCAAUUCAUGUGGAUGCUGCCAGUGGAGGGUUUAUAGCCCCGUUCCUUUAUCCCGAUCUCGAGUGGGAUUUUCGGUUGCCUUUAGUGAAGAGCAUUAAUGUGAGUGGCCAUAAGUAUGGUCUUGUUUACCCUGGUGUAGGAUGGGUUGUUUGGAGGAGUAAAGAGGAUCUUCCAGAGGAGCUUGUGUUCCACAUUAACUAUCUUGGCUCCGAUCAACCCACCUUCACUCUCAACUUCUCAAAAGGUUCUAGUCAAAUUAUAGCUCAGUAUUAUCAAUUUAUACGGCUUGGGUUUGAGGGCUACAAAAACGUGAUGGAGAACUGCAGGGAGAACGCUCGAGUUCUGAGAGAGGGGAUAGAGAAGAUGGGAAGGUUUGAGGUCGUUUCUAAGGAUAUUGGGGUGCCCCUGGUAGCCUUCACUCUCAAAGACAGUAGCAAGCACACAGUGUUCGAGAUAUCAGAGAACCUGAGGAGGUUUGGAUGGAUCGUGCCAGCUUACACGAUGCCCCCGAAUGCUGAGCACAUCGCCGUCCUGAGAGUGGUCAUCAGGGAGGACUUCAGCCGUGGGUUGGCAGAGAGGCUGAUCUCCGACGUCGAGAAAGUCCUCAAGGAUGUGGACGCCCUGCCAGUUCGGGUGUCUGUGAAGGCAGCGGAAGUGAAGCCUGGUGUUGAAGAUGGUGGGAGAAUUACAAAGCAUGUGAAGAAGAGUGAGCGGGAGAUCGAGGAGGAGAUAACUGCAUAUUGGAGGCGGCUUGUGGAUGGCAAGAGGACUGGUGCCUGCUAACUCACCUCUGCUGUUCAUUGUUUGUUUGUCUUUUUUCUUGUCAAGUGAGUGUUUGUGUGCUGAUGAUAUGAUAAUAUGAAUAAAUAAAGUUUGAAAUCACAUCCUACUCCUACGCCACCAAUCUCUUCCUUCUUACCAAUUAGGACAUAAUUGUUUCAACCUUUAUGUCCUCUUCUGGAGAUAAAACUUUUAAAAUUUUGCUUUUGCUUUGUACUACCGUGUAUUAUGUGUAUGACCAUGUAUUUUUCAACCAA